AUGAAUGCCUGUCCUCCCAGAUGGUUCAGCGAGUCGAGGAGGUUAAUGGCUGUGAAGCCUGUACUCCUGGCCGACAUUGGAGAAGGCAAGUCAAUCAUCUACACUAUCCGCCUGUGUGAAGUCAUCCAGUGGUUCGUGGAACCUGGCGCUCGGGUCGAGGAGUUCUCCCCGCUAUGCGAGGUCCAGAGCGACAAGGCCUCUGUGGAAAUCACAAGCCGCUUCUCGGGCGUCGUCAAGAAGCUCUACUACGAGACGGGCGAGAUGGCCAAGGUCGGCAAGCCGUUUGUCGACAUUGAUAUCGAGGGCGAGGCCAAGCCCGAGGAUGUCGACGCCGUGGUCAGCCAGCAACCCGAGAAGGAGGAUGUCCCUCCCCCUCCGCCGUCCUCCUCAGAGUCCAAGCCCGAGCAAACACAAAAGACAUCUCCAGCACCUGCUGAGGCACCAGUAAAGGAGAAGGGCAAGUGCGCAAACCUGGCCACACCGGCUGUGCGACACCUCUCCAAGGAGUUCAAGGUCGACAUCAUGGAUAUUGAUGGCACCGGCAGAGACGGCAGAGUCCUCAAGGAGGAUAUUUACCGAUUCGUCAAGGAGAGGGAUGCCAAGGCCAGUGCGCCAAGUGCGCCGUCGUCUGCACCACGGGAUACUUCAGUGCAGACGGAAACGGUUGUGCCACUGUCCAGCACCCAGAUGCAGAUGUUCAAGACCAUGACACGGUCCCUGACUAUCCCGCACUUCCUCUACGCGGACGAGGUCGACUUUUCAAACUUGGUGGAGCUGCGCAAGCGUCUCAACCGUGUAAUUGCCCACGGCGUCGCGGUGGACGGACAGCCAUCCAAGCUCUCCUACCUCCCCUUCAUCAUCAAGGCCGUGUCCCUGGCGCUGUAUCAGUACCCAAUGCUCAACGCCAGGGUGGACGUGGACGCCAAGACAAACAAGCCGUGCCUGGUGCACCGGUCGCAGCACAACAUCGGCAUCGCCAUGGACACACCGGGAGGCCUGGUGGUACCCGUGAUCAAGGACGUGGGCUCUCUCAACAUCCUAUCCAUCGCGGCAGAGCUAUCACGGCUGCAGAGCCUCGCGGCGCAGGGCAAGCUCUCGCCGGCCGAUUUCCAGGGCGGCACCAUCACGGUUUCCAACAUUGGCAACAUCGGCGGCACCUACGUCAGCCCCGUCAUCGUGGAGCGCGAGGUGGCGAUCCUGGGCAUCGGGCGGAUGCGGACGGUGCCCGCGUUCGACGAAGAGGACCAGCUCGUCAAGAAGCAGAUCACCAACUUUAGCUGGAGUGCUGACCACCGUGUCAUUGACGGCGCAACCAUGGCCCGGGCAGCUGAGGUUGUGCGACAGAUAGUGCAGGAGCCGGACAUCAUGGUGAUGCACCUCAAGUAA